AUGGUAGCCAGCACGCUGUUCUUUGCUGGGGCGUGCUGGGGAGGAGGCAUCAAGGCUGGGGAGUCCAGCAGACUCAACAAGCUGCGAGAAACGACCCCACCAAAGUCGGAUCAGAGCGAAGGAGAAGAUGCUCUUGACAGCAGACAUUCUACUGGGCAGAAACAGAAAGCAAGCGCUGUGCUUAGUUUCUCAGAGGACAAAGACGCUGAAGGAGCGGAGUUUAAGCUAAGGAAGUCAUCCGACAAAGCAAUCGUUUUUCAAGCCAAAAGAAAAGAAGGAUCAUCAGCGAAGAAUACCCACAGAAGCCGUCCAGUGCAACGGGCUCCCCUGCCGUCUGGUUCACCCAGGCAGGAUUCUUCGAGUCCAGCCUCCCUUCCCACACCUGAUGAAGAAGAUAAUAGUGAUGGUUCUACAUCAUCGCUCUCAAGUUUGUCCUCCUCGCCAGCCUCUAAUCACUCUGCUUACAAACCAGUUAUAAUCCCCAGUGCGAAAACCAUCAAAACGGCCAGGAGGCAACGUCAAGAAGCAAGAUCCCAGAAAGACUUCAUUUCCCUGGGUAGGGAUGGCCGGAGCUCUGCUGGCAGCACCCCUGACCGCCGCAGCAGGGACAGCGACCGCGACGACGACGAACCGGAUGAUUGCGAGCGAAGGAUUGAGUUUGCCCCGCGUGCGAAGAGCGUUCGAGAGAGGAUUGCGGAGAAACUAGGAAGCAGCGAUGAAAGUAAAUCUGACUCUGAGGAAGAGGAGCAGAAACUUUGGGAGGAGACUCAGAUUUUCAAGGGACUCAAAAGACGUCCAGGUGAACAGAGUCCUUCAGGCAGUGAAGCCAGCAACUACAGCAGCAGCAGCAGAAGCCGGAGGAGAAACCAACACAGGCAGAAGAAGGCCGGCUUCAACUACCCAGAGAGCCUGCCGCCUGUCGGAGGCCUGAAACGGAGGCUUGAGGGAAAUCUGGAGUCGCUGAAGGAGGUGCACCGAGCGAUCAACUUGUUGGAGCUGGAGCUGCACACUCUCCUGGCAGACCAGAUGGAGUCACUGUUGGCAGACCGGAGGAAGAGUGUCAGAGAGCGGGCUGCUCACCUGCAGCAGCCCUACAAUAUUCAGAUUCGCCACAUACGGGGCGUGGACAACGUUAUGGCAGAUGCUUUGUCCCGCGCUCCGGAGUUGAUGGAGUAGGUGGUUGGUUUCAUACAUAUAGGCAUGGGGUUAUUUCUCUCCUCCCCUGUCCCUCUUAAAGUGCUUUUCCGGGCCCGGUUUUGCUGUGGGACAGGAGUCUUGGGGGGAGAUAACUGGGGGUAGUUGGGUUUUGAUGUUUUGGAUUGAUUGGUUAUUGUUUUUAUUUUGAUCGAUUAUUUUAUGUGGUUGUUUCUUUGGAACAGAAUCCCAUUUAGGUGGGCUUCUGUUUUAAGGGGGGGGAUGUGACGACCCAGUUGGGUCUUUGACCCCGCCCCUGCUGUGUAUGCCUGUGUUCCUCUCCCUCCUGAUUAGGAGAUUGUCGGCAGGUGUGGGAUGGACUGGUGGCAGUAUAAAGAGCCUGCCCAGACAGCAGACGUGGCUUUUCCCUCCUCCCAGCAUUGGCUUUCCUUUGUCUUCCUUUGUAUUCACAUGGACUGAUAUUUACAUUACCUUUUUGGUUACUUACAUUUAUACUGACUUGCAUCACACUUCUUAUUGUUAUGUUUAUUAUAUAAUAAAUUACUUAUUAUUGUGAAAAUAGCGUGGUCUCCCCGGUUUAUGUGC